AUGAACACUGGUCUUGCCGUUCUUCUUGCUGCUUGGGCAGUGUUCUGUGUAAUUUUUGGACAAGAGCAGCCCAAGUGUGAACAUCCUCCAAAACCAGAAUUUCUCAAUAAAGUUGACGAGAACGCUCGCAAGGAAUUCUUUGACAUCGUCAAGAAUCAUGACAUACCUCCGGAACAGAAGAAAGAGAAAGUCAUCGCUUGGGGACAGCAACAUGGAUUCGCGGAGGAGGUCAAGAAGCACGAAGAAAUGAUACAGGAGAUGAGGAAACAGGGUAAACUCUGCAAACCACCGCUACCAGAUUUUUUGAAAAAUGCCAACGAGACUCUUCGUAAGGAAUUUUUCGACAUCAUCAAACAACACAAUGUACCACUUCCUCAAAAAAGAGAACAGGUCAUCGAAUGGGCAAAGAAAUAUGGACUUGAGAAGGAGGCAAGAGAGCAUGAAGAGAAGAUGAAGAAGAUGUUUGGUCAGGUGAGGUUGAGCGCGUCUUUUAUAUCCUUUUCACCUUGGGUCGUGUAG